AUGGCAGAUAACGAGCAAAAAGCUCUUCAGCUAAUUGCUGAAGCUGAAAAAAAGUUAACUUCUUCAAAAGGAUUCUUUGGUUCGUUAUUUGGGGGAUCUUCCAAAGUUGAAGAAGCUGUAGAAUGUUACACGAGAGCAGCAAAUAUGUUUAAAAUGGCAAAAAAAUGGGGACAAGCAGGGAGUGCAUUUUGUGAAGCAGCCAGUUUGCAUGCGAAAGCUGGAAGUCGUCAUGAUGCUGCAACCAAUUAUGUCGAUGCUGCAAAUUGUUAUAAAAAAUCAGAUCCAAAUGAAUCUGUCAAUUGCUUAUUGAAAGCUAUAGAAAUAUAUACGGAUAUGGGAAGAUUCACUAUGGCAGCUAAACAUCAUCAAACAAUUGCAGAAGUUUAUGAAACCGAGGCUGCCGACUUGGAAAGAGCUGUACAACAUUAUGAACAAGCUGCUGAUUAUUUCAAAGGAGAAGAAAGUAAUUCUUCGGCUAACAAAUGCAUGCUUAAAGUUGCACAAUAUGCAGCUCAACUUGAAAAUUAUGAUAAAGCCAUUAAAAUCUACGAGCAGGUAGCAUCAUCAUCAUUAGAAAAUUCUCUUCUCAAAUAUUCAGCGAAAGAAUAUUUUUUCAGAGCAGCUUUAUGUCAUUUGUGCGUUGAUGUUCUUAAUGCUCAACACGCAAUGGAACGUUACUGUCAGUUAUAUCCAGCAUUUCAAGAUUCGAGAGAGUACAAGCUAUUAAAGGUUUUAAUAGAACACAUGGAAGAGCAAAAUGUUGAUGCAUUUACGGAAGCUGUAAAAGAUUACGAUUCCAUAUCGAGAUUGGAUCAAUGGUACACAACAAUACUUUUGCGUAUCAAAAAACAAGUCGACGAUAAUCCAGAUUUACGUUGA